AUGGCAAAUACAGCUGCCAUUCUCGUUCCCAGUCUCGUUGUUGGCAUUCCAGUGGGUCUAUAUCUUGUCUUUCUAGGUCUGAGCGCCGUCCCAUAUUUCCAGCGAAAUUUCCUUUAUGCGCACAAAGUCCACACCCUGUGGUGGAGGGACAUCAACAAGCCGGAACAAUGGGGAUUUGCGAAGAACCAAGUAACUCCUUUCCAUCUCACCACCUCCGACAACCAGACCCUAUAUGCAUGGCACAUUCUCCCCCUCCCUGUCUACGCCCAGCAUGAAACCAAACUAUGUUCCCAACCCAGCGGCAUCUCCCCCGACAUAACCGCCACCGAGAACUUCCGCCUCCUCCGUGACGACCCCACCGCCAAACUGGUCAUCUCCUUCCACGGCAACGCCGCGCAACUCACCCAAGGCCACCGCCCCGCGCACUACCACACCCUCACCGGCGCGCACAGCCCCUACCACCUCCUGACGCUCGACUACCGGGGCUUCGGCCUCAGCAGCGGCACGCCCACGGAAGCCGGGCUCAUCCGCGACGCCGAGGCCGCCGUGGAAUGGGCCGUCCACACGGCCGGGGUGUCCCCCGCGCGCAUCGUGCUCGUGGGCCACAGCCUGGGCACGGCCGUGGCGGCGGCGGCGAGCGAGCGGUUCACGCUGUUGGGGUCGGGGGAGGAGCGGUGGGAUUUUGCGGGCGUGGUGCUGGUGGCGGGGUUUAGUUCGUUGCCGGAGAUGUUGAGUGGCUACGCGAUUGCGGGGUGGGUGCCGGUGCUGAGACCGCUGACGUGGUGGCCGUGGUUGUUGGGGGUGGUGAUGGGGCGGGUGGUGGAUCGGUGGGAUAGCGCGGGGAGGUGGAGAGAGGUGGUGAAGGGGGUGAGGGCGAGGGGGGGGCGGUUGAGGUUGAGUUUGGUGCAUGCGAAGAAUGAUUGGGAUAUUCCAGCUCAUGAGGAUGAUAAGGUGUUUAGGGCGGCUGUGGAGGGGUUGAUGGGGGGGAGGGUGGAUGGGGAAGGGUUUGAGCUAGAGAAGAAACGGAGGACGGUGGUCAGGGGGAAGAACUCAUUCGUCUCGACCUGGGAGGAGGGGAAUGUGGUGGUGAGGCAGGAAUUAUUUCCACAUGGAGGUAGGUUUGUGCCCUGGUUACUGGGAGUGAAGCGAGAGGGCUAA